CGCGGUGGAGAAAGUUCCCCGGCAAGAUGGCGGCUCGCUGCUCCUCGCGUUGGCUCUCAGUCGCAGUAUCUGGAGCUCGGGGACCGCUGCUCUCCGGGGUUCAGAGAUGGCCUCGGGGUGAAGGAGCUCUGCUGCUGGCUGUGAGGGCGGCAGUAACCCGGACACCUGCAGGAGCCUUCUUAGGACGCGUCUCCCAGUUUCACACCAGUUCAUCCGUUUCGAACAAGACAGAUUAUUACCAGGUCUUGGGGGUCCCGAGGAAUGCGAGCCAGAAAGAAAUCAAGAAGGCCUAUUACCAGCUGGCCAAAAAAUACCAUCCAGACACCAACAAAGAGGAUCCUCAAGCCAAGGAGAAGUUCUCUCAGCUGGCUGAAGCCUACGAGGUUCUCAGCGAUGAAGUGAAAAGGAAGCAGUAUGAUGCAUACGGCACCGCUGAUUUUGCAGCAGGGGCCGGCGGAGGUGGCCAACAGUAUUGGAGAGGUGGCCCCACUGUUGAUCCAGAAGAACUGUUCCGCAAGAUAUUUGGGGAGUUCUCUGGGUCACCCUUCGGUGACUUUAAUAAUAUCUUCGAUCAGCCACAGGAGUACAUCAUGGACCUCACAUUUAAUCAGGCAGCCAAGGGCGUGAACAAGGAGAUGUCUUUUAGCAUCACAGACACAUGUGAGAGGUGCCAUGGGAAGGGCAAUGAACCCGGCACAAAACUUCAGCACUGUCACUACUGUAAUGGCACUGGCAUGGAGACCAUAAACACGGGUCCCUUUGUCAUGCGAUCGACAUGUCGGCGUUGCGGUGGGAGGGGUACGACUAUGACAAAUCCAUGUCUCUCCUGCCGGGGUAGUGGACAGACGAAGCAGAAGAAGUCUGUGACCGUGCCGGUACCUGCUGGUGUGGAAGAUGGUCAGACUGUGAGAAUGCCAGUGGGCAAGAAGGAAAUCUUCAUUACAUUUAGGGUGCAGAAGAGUCCUAUAUUCAGACGCGACGGUGCCGAUAUCCAUUCAGAUCUUCAAGUUUCUAUUGCUCAAGCUAUCCUGGGUGGUACUGCCCGGGCACAAGGACUGUAUGAACCCAUUAAUGUGGCGAUACCACCUGGCACGCAGGCAGAUCAGAGUAUCAGAAUCAGCGGCAAAGGCAUAGCAAGAGUGAACAGUUAUGGUUUUGGAGACCACUACAUACACGUUAAGCUUAAAGUUCCUCGACAAUUGAACGACAGGCAGCGGGCGCUGAUGCUGAGCUUUGCUGAAGAAGAAACGGGCGUGGAAGGCACGGUAAAUGGCAUCACCAACACAACUACAGGCAGUGCACGGCAGAGCUCUGCAGCUGAUGAGGAGAGGCCUGAGGCUGAGCAGGCAGGGGAAAACAAGGAGGGAUUCCUAAGCAAACUAAAGAAAAUGUUUAGUUCUUGACGGAAAGAGAUCAACCGGAAACUAACAUAGUUUGGACCGUCCGUGGAGACAAGCAGCCUUGUAUUCUGGCGCCAUUGCAUCUGUAACGUGCCCCAAGUGAUACCGGGUGGACAAGCAAGACUCCUCGGUCUGCCGAAUUUCUAUACAAAGCCCCAUAAUGCAGGAAUGGUCCCUGUUUUGUAGAUGAAGGACUUUCCAGGACACUGACUAAUCAGAUGUGUGUCUUUUAGAUUUGGUGCCUCCCUGUAAUUCAGAUCUUAUACAAUCCUGUGCGCCGUCUCUACUAGUGUAUAAUACGUGGGGGUCUCUAGUUAAUAUACAUGUAAUAUAUUUUAAUGAUCUCUGGUAUUUGGAUCACAUCCACCAUACAGUGUGGUGCUCUGCUUCAGGUUGUUACUGACCGGCAUGGUAGACAUGUAUAACAUUGACCGUAAAGUUCCUUUUAUAUGGGACGAUUUUAGAGCAGAUAGUCUUGAAGGAGGCGUUCCUUCCCGACAAUCUGCUGAUCGCUGGCGGAGGAGACCGCUGCAUUUACAUGCAGUGAUCUCCUCCACAGUAUGGGGAGGAGCGAUCGCUGAUACCAUUGCUCUUCCCAAUAAGGACUCGUUGUUUGCAGGCAGGAGAUCCUGUUUACACAGCACGAUCUGCUGCCGGUUAACUAUCAUUUUUGCGUGCGCACAAACGAUCACAUUACCCGAUGAACAACUGCCCGAUCAUCGCUAACGGGCGUUACCAUGAAUACUCGUUAGCGAUAAUCUGUGUGAUUCUCUGCCUGUGUAAGGGCCCUUAAGAUUUGUUCUCUAGUCUUUUCAUAAUGUGUAUUUGGUUACUCAGAUAUGCCCUGGCACCUUGAUCUUUAAUAAUUUAUAGUAUACAGCAGUGUAGAGACUCACAGUAUAGGACAGCAUCCCGGCUUUAUGUUCUAGACCAGAGAUGCCCAACCUGUGGCCCUCCAGUUGUUGCAAAACUACAACUCCCAGCAUGCCUGUACAGCAUACA